CUCAUUCGAUGGAGUUACAAAUAUCUAAUCAACUACUACAAAUAAUAGUUAAAAAUAUAAUAAUCUGACGCAUCAAAAAUAUCGUUGCUUCCGCGAUUUCUGAUACUACUUAUCAAACAUCUUUGGUUUUGCAUUGUUAUAAAAGAUCUGCCGAUAAAAACAGUUCCGAACGCCAACAAUUUGCAGAUCAUCGCGAUUCGUCAAUUUCAACGACGUGACUUUUCUCCAUACUCACACACAUAAAAGCAAAAUUAAAAAUAAACAUGAGUUUACAGUGGACACUCGCUGCCGGUUUUCUCUAUAUCGAAAUUGCUAUAGUUCUUCUUUUGGUAUUACCAGUAGCUUCGCCAACUAGAUGGCAAAAGUUCUUCAAAUCUCGCUUUUUACAAAGUAUAACUAACCAAGCUUCCCUUUAUUUUAUAAUCUUACUUGGUGUCUUGGUUCUUUUUCUAUUGGAUGCUAUACGAGAAAUGCGAAAAUAUUCCAAAAGUGGAGAUCACGCUGAUCAUCAUUUAAAUUUAGAAUUGCAAGAAAAUAUGCGAUUGUUUCGUGCACAGAGGAAUUUCUAUAUAUCCGGCUUUGCGCUAUUUUUGAGUUUGGUGAUACGACGUCUUAUCACUUUGAUAUCCACUCAAGCUACAUUACUGGCGCAAAAUGAGGCAGCCAUGCGGCAAGCUCAAUCUGCGACCAGCACAGCCAGAAGUUUAUUGUCCCAGAGGACAACUGGAGAAAGUGCACAGAAUGAUUCUAAUGAAGCACAUGACAAACAAGUUUCAGAAUUGAAAAAUCAGAUCAAAGAAUUGCAAGCUAAAAAUCUGGAACUUGAAAAUAAUUUGACUAAAGAGAAAAAAGAUAAAGAAGCAUUAAAGUCACAGGCAGAUUCACUUGCAAAAGAAUAUGAUCGUUUGACUAAUGAGCAUGCAAAACUGCAGCAAUCGAGUGGCGAUAAAAAAAGCGAUUAAACAUGAAUAUUUUUUUCUGUUUUCUUUUUAUUCUAUGUUUUGCUCAUAUUAAGCCUAAAAUAUUGUCAUGUUAUAUUUUGUGUUCCAUAAUUUGAACAAGAUCCGCAUUUCACAAGUUAUUGUUGACAUAUAUUUACAAGUUUCAUUAAAAUGUUGUAUAUAAAAAUAUUAAUAUUGUAAUGUGCCUCGUAAUAUAUACUAUCAUCCUUUUUCCAGUUUUGUGCACUUUCUGCAUAUAAAAGCCUAUAUUUUAUGCGUCCAUAUUUUGUGAUUUAUAAUAUUCUUAUAUGUAAGUUAAUUAAAAUUUAUAGGUUAAAAAAUUUUAUAAAUAAAAAAAAUUAAUUUAUAUUUUUUUGCAAAACUGAUACAAAUUUUAAUAGUAAAUGUUAAUUUUUAUCAUUUUACACUAUAUGAAAAUGAUUUCAAUCUCUUGUUAAAUACUGCAUAUAAUGUCAUACAUUUGGUAAGUAUUAGUGUAUAAAUAGAAUAUUUUACACAGUUUAGAUAUUAUAUUUCAAAUGAACUUCCAAUCUUGCAUUUGCAACAUUUUCAUUUUAUAUUUACUCUUACAAAAUCGUAUAUUAAUAUUAUUUUAGAUAAUGCUAUACUGUUGUAGACCGUUAUUUAGGUCAUAUACCCCAGAUUAUGCUGUAUAUAUUUUAAUCUAUGAAUAGAACUGUACUAAGAAUCUCAAAAUAACAA